AUGUAUCUGUUAGCUAUACCAUUGUUUUUCAUCAUUGUAAAUGGUAAAACAACUACUCUCCACUCUGUUUGUAUGACUAAUUUUGUCGCAGUCAACAUUGAUUCACCAACAAAUGUUGAAACAAUUAGUCGUACCUUGUGUUAUGAUAAAAUUCCUGAUUAUAGAACAAACGUUCAUGGAUAUAACAUCAAGUCUUAUUGUUUUGUUGAUGAAAAUAAUUUCUAUGUUCAAAAAGGGAAUCAUAAUAUUAGUAGAUGUGGAGAGUGGCUCCAAUUAGUAGGACCAAGUCAAAAACCUAUUGUUUGUAUGGUAGCUGGGUCAGAAAAUUUAAAAGUCUCUGGUGUUUCUACUUCAAAUCAAUACUCAUUCAUUGGUGUUCCAAGAAACAUCUUUCUAACAUUAACAGGUGGAUUUGAUGAAGGUGCUAGUAUUGUAACUCAAAUUACAUUAUCAGAGACAUACUUUGAUUUAAGAAUAAGUCCUACUCUCUAUGUACUUAAUAGGAAUGACACAACAGCAACAAUUCAAUUUACUGAUUUCAAUAGAAAUCCAGAAAAGAUUGCAGUUAAUAAUAUUUUUUAUGAUAUGACCCCAGAAAAUACCUUUUUAGUUCCACUUUUUGAUAGUGAUGUUGCUGUUCAUCUCAUCGCUUUUGAUAAUGAGAAGAUUGAUUUUCCAAAAGUUAAUUUGAAGAGGGGAGAUAAAUUUAUGAGUACUGCUCGAUUUGUAAAUUAUGAUAUGGUUGAUUGCAAUUUUAUGGCUGAUAAAAAUGUUUUUUUCAGAGGUAGUAGAGAAGAUCAUGGCACAUUAUUAACGUGGCAAAUUGUACAAUGGAAUCAAGAUAAAACAAUUGUUGAAUUUGAUAAUUCUGCUCAAGAAAUUAAAUUUGUUGGUAAAACAUCAAAUUUAUCAAUGGUAUUUGUAUAUCCAACAGUAAUUAUGUUAAAUCAAGAUUUUGCUUAUUUUGAGAUAGAAUUUGAAACCUCUUCAUCGGAUUAUCAAUUUGUUGUUGCAAACACUGGGCAUUGUAAAAAUGUAGUAAAAUAUACUUUUGAUUAUUGUUCACCUACACAACUUAAUUUACCAACAAAGUAUUACUUUAAUAGACUAGAAAAAACUAUUAAAUUAAGAAUGUCCUUGUUUGGAAUUAAUAAACUGUUUUCUAAUACGAUUGAACUUAUUCACAAAGUUCCUCCAGGAACAGUACUUAACUUAGUUUCGGCUCAAUUAGUGAGAGAGGCUAAAAUGUUAAAUCAAACAGAAUGUAAUUCUGUUUCUUUUAAUUGUUUAGGCACUGAAUGUACAAUAACUAAUCAAUUUUCACGUAAAGUUCCAUUUAAUUUUGGAUGUUCACCUUCUUGUGGUGUUUGUCGUGUUGGGUUUACAUGUAAUGAUUAUGGAAAGUGUGUAGAAGAAGUUAAUUUGAACCAAAGAAGUGAAGCUAAUGUAAUUAGUUGUUUACUUGUUUUGUUACUGCUUCAACUUCUUCUUUGAGCGUUUUGAAAUAUAGCUUUAAUUGAAAUAUUUAAAC